AUCCAUGUCACACGGAGGAGAAUCACACACGCAGAGAGCAGAGAGUGUGUGUGUGAGUGUGUGUGUGUGAGAGAGAGAGAGAGAGAGAGAGAGAGAGAGAGAGAGAGAGAAAGCGGUAUGAUGAUCAGGAUGCGCUUGCUGCUUUUCUCCUCAGUGUUGUUAGCAUUAGCGCUGUCUUAUUUCCGAGUUCCUGCUCUUCCCGGAACUGUAGCGGAACCCUGCAAGCUGCUGCUGCUGGACGCGGUGUUCAGAUCCAUGAUGUGGGCGGCGAAGUUGGUGCAGGAUCUUGGCCUGAGUAAUCAGAUGUGUGUCCUGAACUACAUGGCGUUAUUUGCAGAGCUGCGAGCUCCGCGCUCCAGCGAGUCUGUUCGGGUCACCGAUACGUCCUUCUCAGGAGUUCAGGCCCGUGUGUUCGAGUCCAUGGCUCCUGGGUCACGGCGUCUCAAACGAGGAGUCGUCUACUUCCAUGGAGGAGGCUGGGCACUGGGCAGUGCACGGAUGCGAUCCUACGACCUCCUGUGCAGGAUGAUGGCCGAGGAGCUAGACGCAGUCGUCAUAUCUGUGGAUUACAGACUCGCCCCUGAGGUUUAUUUCCCAGGUCAGUACGAGGAUGCGAUCCAGGCCUGCAGGAGCAUCCUGACAGACGAGGUUCUAGCCAGGUUCUCCGUGGAUCCUCACCGGCUGGCCGUGUCAGGUGACAGUGCUGGAGGGAACCUCGCUGCUGCCGUGGCUCAGGAGUUGGCGUCUGACAGCAGCGUCUCGAUCCGGUUUAAGGUCCAGGCCCUGAUCUACCCCGUGCUCCAGGCGCUGGACUUCAACACUCCGUCGUACCAGCAGAACGGUGACGUACCCAUCCUGUACCGCUCACUCAUGGUCUGCUUCUGGCUGGAAUACCUGAACGGGGACCAGAACCUCGUCCCUGCUCUGCUGGUGAACAACCACACGGCACUGGACCAGAACCGGGACGUAGCUUCAGCCAGAGAAAAGCUCAACUGGACCCGAUUGUUAGCUCCUAAAUUCACCAAGAACUACAAACCUGUGGUUCCUCAUCACGGUUCUCCAGAGAUCCUGCAGCAGCUCCCGGGCCUCCUGGACACCCGAGCCUCUCCAUUACUGGCUGAGCCCGAGGUGCUGAAGCUGGUUCCACCCGCCUACAUCAUGACCUGCGAACACGACGUGCUGCGAGACGACGGGCUGAUGUAUGCGCGGCGCCUGGAGGAGGCCGGAGUUCCCGUGACCAGCGACCAUUACGAACAGGGGUUCCACGGAAUCAUGAUGUUUGGAUUUUUUCCUGCCAGUUUCUCGGUGGGGUGGCAGAGUCAGAGGAACUACCUCCACUGGCUGCAGCACAACCUCUAAUUAUUAUUUGAGUUUUUUUAGUCAGGGUGAAGGUCCAGAGGUCCAGUGGAUGCUUAUAUACCUCAUGUGGAGUCACUGUGUAAUGCAACACGUAAAUACUAAAUUAUUUUUUAUUAAACACCGUUAGUAUAAAGUUAUAAAAUGUGCACUGGCAGGACUGGUGUAACAAAAAAAAAAACUAUGUUCUGGAGAACAUUUUUAUUAUUCAUAUAUAAACCACAUUACAUUUACAUUAUAGUAUAUAUUUAAAAUAAAUAUAUUGCCUGUAACAACAGAAAGGUUUUUACAAAUCCAAAAUAAUGAUUUAUAACAUCAGUGCGUUGGUUUACAUUAACAAACCCUAAACAAUAAACAGCUUCAGUGACGUAACAAAGUCACUCAGUGAACAACUCGGUUUGCAUAAAUAUUGGCACCUACCAUUCAGACUAACUGAUGAAGUAAUCACCACAAACACAUUCAUUAAUGUUUUCAUUCAUAUUGAUCAGUAUGCACUUAUUUAUACUAUUGAUUGAAGGAAUGAUUAAUGAACACAGGUGUUCAGUUGCCUGUAGACCCACUAAGCGUAUAAUAUGAUAAUAAGUACAGAGUUACUAACCAGCAUUACAGACGUGUUGCAUUAAAAAAACAAACUGUGAAAAACUUUUAUGUCUACAAAAAAUAAACUACUUUAAACUGAAAAGUAAAAAAUACUAUAAUAAAUUCUAAGAAAUUUAAUGCAUUUUAAUAAGAAAUAAAAAUAGAUUUUUGAGAAUUUUAAAGCCUCACUAGAAAAUGUUAGCUUCCAAUCAGAGUUUGUCAUUUCUAUUUUUUGUGGUAGAACAGUGUAUUGUGGGUUAGGGUUAGGGUUAGGUAAUUGAUCAGGAUAUGAAUGUUCUAUUGUGGUUCAUUAAUUAACAUAGCUAAUAAUAAUAAUAAUAAUAAUAAAGUUAAUGUACUGUUAGAGGAACGUUAAUGUAAACAUAAGCGCACUGAAGUGUAGGAACGUGAAUGUUGUAGUAGCAGACACUGAAAUACUUGAAAGACAUUAAGAAUUGGUUUGUUGUCAUUUUUCAUAAAAUAUACUUUGUUCUUAAAGAUAAACACAUUGUUAUUUAAAUCA